AUGUCCGCCGCAUCAUCAAACCACGAAAGGGUCGCGCAGUAUAACGCUGUUCAACAAGCGAUGUUAGAGGCACGAAACAAGAGACGAAAAGUUCAAACACCAGAGUUUCAGGCCCAAGUUGCCAAAGCAGAAGGCAAUCUGCAGUUGAUCAACAUGGUUCUGAUGAGCUUCUCGGCCGAGCAGAACGCCUGCGUUGAUCAGCGAGUGAGCCUCAGCCAUCAUCAGCAUAGGACAGAGGAGGCUUUACGCGCCAUAGUGUAUGAAAUGAGACAGUAG